UUCUCAUGGCAAGAAGAGGGAACGCGCGGGACUGUACUAGAGAACCACCGCGAACCACUAGAGACAGUGUUGUUGUGGUUUCUCGUUUUCGUUAUCAUUACGUUACUUUUCUGUCACACUCAUCUGAAAUUGGACUAAGUUAACGUUGCUUCGGUGACAUACUGCAACACACAUCUCAGGUGCAUUGGACAAAACCCUGCCAAUCUCUGGAGUGAAGAACGAAUGCUGAUUUGAGUGGUCGCUGAUUGGGAAAACUCGUCGGUUCCGGAAUCCUGCUUGCUUGAUCCAUGAACAGCACAUCUGUAAGCAUCCUAACACUCAGGUGAAAAAUGGAAGUCGCUGUUCCAGAGGAGCCGCAAAAGAAGAUCUUCCGCGCUCGAAAAACCAUGAAGGCAAGCGAUCGGCAGCAGCUCGAGGUCCUGCACAGCACCCUGUCGACGGUGUCGGCAAACGCUUCCUCAUCCAGCACCGCCGCCGCUGCCGCCGCCACCCCACCUUCGUCGUCGUCGUCCUCGCCGUCUUCGUCGACUUCCUCGACGGCCUCGGCACCCAUGGUGAACGGCACGCAUUCUGACGAUGGCGUGAAGGCCGCGGGGAAGAGCAAAGAGAAGACGAAGGAGAAGGAGAAGGAGAAGACGGCCGCCGUCAACGGCCCGAACUCCAACUCGCCCGCUUCCAGCUCGCCCGCGUCCGGCACCCCCUCGUCCGGUUCAGCGUCUCCGCACCUGGGACUGUCCCUGUCCCGGUCUCCCUCUCCGUCCACCGCGACCUCCGCCGCCUCGAGCCCCAAGCCCUCGGCGGCGGCGACGAAGAACGGGCCGAAGGAGAGCGAGAAGAAAGAGAAGGCCAAAGACGAGUCCAAGGAGAAGGAGAAAGAGGAGGCGUCCGCUGAAGGCAAAGAGGCGGAGGAGGAGAAGAAGAAGAAGAAGAAGCCAGAGAAAGAGAAGGAGAAGGAGAAGGAGAAGGAGAAGGAGAAAGAGAAGGACAAGAAGUCCUCUUCAUCAGCCAGCCCAUCCACGACCUCGAGUGAGAAGACGGGGGUGGAGAAAGACGCCAAGCCCACAGCGGACUCCAGCGGCAAAACCAGGGAGAAGACGGAAAAGGCCGCGUCUAAGAGCCAAAGGUCAUCGCCGUCUCCAUCUUCGUCCCCGACGACGUCGUCUGCAGCGCAGGGGUCCGACCAGGAAGUGAAGGAGGGCUUCCUCUUCCUCAGCGAGGAGGAAGAGAACGUGGCGGAGAAAGAGGAGAAGAAAGCCAAGCAGGACGAGGAGAAGACGGAGGAGAAGAUGGAGGUGGACACGGACGCGGACAAGGAGAAAAAGGAGAAGGAGAAGGAGGAGGGCGAGCCCAAGUCGAAGAAGAAGAACGAGGGAAAAGCCUCUCGAUCGUCCAGCCCCACGGAAUUAGCCUCCGCUGCAGCAGCCACCGAUGGCACAUCCUCGAGCAAGAAGCGGACGUUGUCUCCGGACGGAGAAAAGAGCGAAGAGAAGGCGGGGGAGGCGACCCCAGAGGAGGAGAGGGGGGGCAAGCGGCCCAGGGUGGAGGGCCUGGAGCUGGAGGUAGAAGCUCAGAUAGAGCUCAAGAUCACCGACGGAGCUGCUGGCAGUCGCCUGAAACUGGAGAAGGUGGUGCAAAAACUGGUGGAGGAGCGGCUUCGUGUGCUGGAGCUGACCGUGUUCGACCGCAGUCUCCAGGAGCUGAAGGAGCGAGUGGAGAAGAUCGACUGUGCUACCAAACACCAGGGCACGCUCAACACACUACAGGCCAGAAUCUCCCGACUUGUCAAGAAAUUUGGAGCUGCUAACCAGGCGUCGGAGAACAGCAGAAAGGUCCAAGAGGCGCUCAAAAAGACCCCCCUUGCACCCCAAGUGAAUACUGCCUCUGCUGCUGCUACUGCUAUCACCAACGGCAUUAGAACCGUUCGCGCGCUGAUCGACGAGAAGCGAGCCACUAACAGCCCUACGGCAGCAGCCGCUGUGUCCGCAGGGUCUCCUCUUCGGUCCAAGCCUCUCUCCGCCCCGACAACCACCUCCCCCGCCGCCGCCACCACCUCCGCAUCACCGCUGGCCUCGCCGGUUGCCCCGGCGCCCAUGAUCCAGAUCCUCUCCACCGCCGCACCCAGCACUGCCACCGUUGCUUCGACAAACGUCGCCGCCUCCACCUCCGGCGCGGUCGUGGCCACCACUCUGCCGCAGGUCCAGGCCCAGGUGGCCCAACAAGGCGCGGCCCAGUCCGUGGCGCCGGGCCAGACCCAGACGCUGCUGCUGAAGACGACGCAGGGCGGCAACGGCCAGCCGCUCCUCAUCAUGGCCAACGGAGCCAUGAUCCCCGUCACCUCCCUGGCGACCGUCACCAACUCGCUGACCAACGGCAAGACCACCACCACCACCGCCUACAUCCUGCAGCCCAAGGCGGCCCUGGGGGCCACGGGCGCGACCAUGGCGAUGACCCCGGGCGCCACCACCCAGGUGGUGCAAUCGGCGAUGGCCGCCGUGUCCGCUUCGCCGGCGCUGGUUUCGUCCUCCCCGACGCCGGUGACGCUGGCCAGAGCCUUGCACCCGAACGGCGGGGCAGGAGGCGUUGUCUCCGUGACGACGGCCCGCGCGCCCACCCAGAGUGCCGCGGCUGUUGUUGGAGUCGCCACGUCCUCUUCGGCCAACCCGGCUAGCAGCGUUCCUGCCGCAACAGGGGCAGCGGCUUCAGCCACACCGUCAGCUAGUGCCAUGGCCUCAAAGACGGAUAAUCAAGCGUCAAGCAGCACAGCAGCCAAAGCAGCGGCUCAGCCUGCAAAACCUGCGGGUUCUGUGAUUGAUCUGACUGAGGAUGAUGACGAUGUUCUAGUGACUGGCCUGAAGAAGGCCACAGUUCCAGCUGCUGCAUCUGUUGCCCCUAACCAACGUCCAAGUAGGCCUCCUCCACCUCUCGUCCCCUCCUCUGGUAACCCUGCCAGAGCCUCACCUCAGACCAACCUACGGCCUCAACUCACAGUGCACCACCGCCCCCCACUGGACUCUCCUUCCAAAUCGCGAGUGAGCAGCUCCUCCUCCACCCCUCCCUGCUCCUCCUCCUCCUCCUCCUCCGCCACCCCGUCUCUCCCGCCGCUGCCCCCGGCCCCGGCCCCCCCCCGCCUCCCGCCGGACGCGGCCCACACCUCCCCCCCCCAGCAGCCGCAGCUGAAGCUGGGCCGCGUGCAGAGCCAGAACGGCAUCGUGCUCUCCUGGUGCGUGGCCGAGACCGACCGCAACUGCGCCGCCGUCGACUCCUACCACCUCUACGCGUACCACCAGGAGUCGCCUGCAGGGGGCGCCACCGCAGCAGCCGCCGCCGCCGCCGCUGCAGGCAACAACGCGUCUCACUGGAAGAAGAUCGGCGAGGUGAAGGCGCUGCCUCUGCCCAUGGCCUGCACGCUGACGCAGUUCGUGUCGGGCUCGACGUACUACUUCGCCGUGCGCGGACGGGACGUGCACGGCCGCUUCGGGCCCUUCUGCGAGCCGCAGUGCACCGACGUCAUCGGGGCGGCGCAGAGCAACGUCGCCGUGGCAGCCGCAGCGUCGUCGUCGUCGUCGUCCACCUCUGCCUGAAGAGAGAAAUGGGAAGAGGAGAUGGGAGGGAGAGGACUGAUUGGACUAUAACAACAACAACAACAACAACAACAACAAUAGACAUUAACGUUUGCCUAUUUUAGUGUCCUGUAGCUGCCUACGAUAAGCAAAAGGGGGAAAGAAGAAAGAGCUGGAAUUCAUCUAAACUUUUUCUUUUUGCUGCUGCUUGUGCGAUCCAACCAAGAAGUUAUCUCCGAGAGCCUUCGACCGAUUGAAAACAUCAGGAGCAAGCGGCCGACCGUGGGGGAGAGAGAUUGAACAAGGGAAAAGGGACAGACUCUGGAAUGCUUACUGACUGGACAGCUUGUAAUACUGAUGACAGUUCCAUAUUACUGGGAGGAAUCUGCGUUCUCUUAUUUAUUUUUAAAGUAAGAGGUCAGCAAUGGAGAAUGUGGCAGUGCGGACAUCUGAGAUUGUCGCUGCCGCUGCUGCUCUCAGUGGUUGUGAUCGUUAACCACCAACCACUCCACCAAACUCCUUCUCCUCCGGUCCUGUUGUUGUCGAGGGAGGGAUGAGCAUCAAUCAGACACGACAAGGGAUUCUGGUGUUGUGACGUAAACGACUACGGAGUGUGUGUGUGUGUGUGUGUCUAUAGCCUGUUUUGCAACUUGGGACCAGUGUUCUUGUUUGGUUUGGUUUCAUGCAUUAGAAACUGUCAAGUACUGUAUGCCACACACACAAUACCCCCCCACACACACACACAGUUUGCCAUACAGUCUGCCACACUUGGCAACAUGCUGAAAUGGCACUUUUUUUAUUUGCAAAAACAAAGUCAAUUCAGAUGCAGCCCGCUUAAAUAGCCUUGACUUGAUUCUGUUGCUGGCUUUUCCUGGCGUAUGUUUAUUUUUUUUAUGCUUUUAAAUUGUUUUUGUCUUGUUUCUGUUUUAUUUUUCUAUACUCUCAGAAUAGGUUUGCAGAAUAAGUGUUGCAUGGCUGAGAAUGCAUUAGCUUCUGUGUUCGUUCUCAACACAAAAUCACACGAGACACUAAAAGGUUACUCAGAAAAGGGGGAGUGACAGUUGUGCUCUGAAACUUUUUCUUCCAUGUAAAGUAGAUUGAUUGUACAAAGGUUCCUCCUAAUGUUCGCCUAAUUCCUCAUAUAUUUGUUUACUUUCAUUCCCCUGUUUUUGUUGUUAAUACCAUAUUUUUUUUAUUUUAUUUUAAUUGACAGCCAUGUCUUUGAACACUGUACAGAAGAGUAUGGCCCCUCUCUCUUUCAAGCUAUUAAAGGAUGGUGUUAAUUUUUCUAUGUUUUUUGUCUGGUAACCAGACGGUACAUCAGUGCAAACAAUGAAUAAAAGCGUUGAUACAAAAAUAA